GCGCGCAUGGUGUCUCCGCAUGUGUGACGUAGUAUUUUAUGUUGUGCGGGAGUGCGCGCUCGGCAGGACUCGUGUGGAAAGUCAGAGCAGGGGAUUUGUGGAUCACUUGUUCAACUAGUGAGCAACCUCUUGUCUGAGAUCACGACACCACAGACAUGUCGGGGGAUAACGAAGAACCACAGACGGCCGAGGAGACCUCAGUGGACGAGAAGGUAACUGCAGCAGCACCACUGACUUUGUUCAAGCUAACGGGUGUUCAGGACAAGAUGAUCAGUCCUGAGAAGUCCGAGGAGGCUAAACUGAAAACCAGAUAUCCAAAUUUAGGAAAUAAGCCCGGGGGCUCUGACCUGCUUCGCAAACGCCUCCAGAAGGGGCAAAAGUACUUUGACUCUGGCGACUACAACAUGGCUAAAGCCAAGAUAAAGAACAAGCAGUUGCCAACAGCUGCGCCAGAGAAGACCGAGAUCACAGGGGACCACAUCCCCACCCCCCAGGACCUGCCCCAGAGGAAACCUUCCCUGGUGGCCAGUAAACUGGCAGGCUGAUGCCCCUGCAGCACCUCCCUAGCCCUAACCCUCUCCACUCAAGUCUCAGAGCUGUAACAUUAACCCUCCCACCCCUCACCGUACCUGUCCCUGCCCCCUCCUCACCCAACAGGAACCCACACCCAAUGAACUGCCCAGCUGAAAUCCAGUUUAUUUUUAGUUUCCACCCCGCCUGGCUCGUCCUCCUGUCCUUGUGGUUUUCCCUCGCUUCUACUCCAAACUGACUUCCCUUCUGUCAUUGUCUUCUUACUUUUACGUGUUCGUUUUUAUCUUUACUUCGAUGUAAGAUGCACUGAAAAACAUCCACGUGUGAGUGUGCCGAGUGGAUUGUGACGCCUCUGAUACCCCAGUGUUUACAGGCUGAAGAGAGGGUCGAGCCGAGGAAGUUGCGCCUUGUAUGGUUCAAGGGCUUUAGUGUGGUCAUCAGGAUCCCGCAGCUUGGAAGUGUGUAUAUAUACAUAUAUAUACAUAUAUAUAUAUUUCCUUUUUUUUGGCACAAAGGCAGAUGUCAGCCUUUUUAAGAAUAUUUUACAUCAGAUUUGUAUCAUUCACUAUAUGUCCUUACUCUAAAUUAUGGUGUCAAUAUGCUUGUGAUUCACUGAAUAUAGUAAUCCAGAGGCCAAACUCAGUUUUGUUAACACUUUGAUUGUGAACCACGGGAGGAAGCUGUACUAAAGGACCAUACAGCAAAGGUGUGAUAUGGAACUGCAGGGCUCCCAAGGUGAACCUCACUGAGCUCUAUUUUAAUUCAAUAACUGAACGUGCACAUUUACUCAGAGGCUGAAAAGCUCAGAUGCAGCGUAUAAGCACUUGGUGGCAUGUAGAUGAUGCAUUCAAGACAUCUGGAAACUUUGAAGGGUAAAAGAGGAGUAGAUUUUGCUUCAGUUCGAACUGCAAUGUUGAAAGUUUGCACCGUAUUUGUGAUGCGCCAUAUAUUUCAGCCUUCCGAUGAUGACAGUCUUCUCCUCGGGUCAAAGUUUCUGUUCAUAAGUUGUCAUGAACGUAACAUUACCAUGCUAGAAGACGAGUAUAUGGGACCUAAAAGCUACACAUCCGUCAGUAGGGACCAGUCUUUGGAUCCUGUAUGCUGUGCGAGCAGACUAAAAUAUGAUAAUGGAAGAAAAUGUACUGGGAACAAAUACUGUUAUGAAUAGUGUUCAGACAUGUUACUUCAUAACUUGAAGUAGUUUUAUCUUUAGAAAUGUCCUUGGCCCUGUAUUGUGCUUUUCCAGGGUCCUUACUGACGGGAUAGAGUUUACCAGCGUUGUGGUAAAUCAAAGCUAACAUCCGUCUGAGCUGUGCAUGUAUAUGGCUGCCCUGCUGUCACUUUGUGCCAUUUUGUUUUGUAAAUAAAAUAGUUUACACAAAUGUUUAA